CAGCUCGCGUUAUUGGACCUCACACAAAAUCAAUUGACUGGGUCUUUUCCAUCGUUUGCUAGUAACUUGUCAGAAUUAUCUUAUCUUGUGUUGGAUCAAAAUUUUUUUACAGGUUUUGUACCAUCGACAUUAGGUAGCACAGGGAAUCUUAUAUCUAUUUCUUUUGAUGAGAACUAUCUUGAAGGGAAUCUUAACUUCCUGUCCAGUCUUUCCAACUGUAGAGGACUCUACCUACUUGGUUUUGGGCAGAAUCAUUUCACUGGAGGAAUCCCAAAUUUUGUUGGAAAUCUUUCUGAUCACCUAGAACUUUUCUUAGCAAACACCAACUAUUUAGUCGGUGAGGUUCCUUCUUCCAUAUCCAAUUUAAGCAGCCUCACUAUUAUCGACUUCUCAGAAAACCAACUGAGUAGCGUUAUUCCCAAAACAAUUAAGAUGAUGGAUAAGUUGGUUGUUAUGUAUCUCUAUGGAAACCGCUUGUUUGGACCAAUCCCAGAACAGUUUGGAGUGCUGGGGAACCUAGAAGCACUUGACCUCCAUGAUAAUCAACUCUCUGGCCCCAUACCAUAUCAGCUCGGCAACCUAUCCAAGUUAAUAGCCCUUGAUCUAUCUCAAAACAUGUUAUCCUCAUCAAUACCGGUAAGCCUAUUUCAUAUUGUGGGCCUUUUAACGAUUGACCUACAUAAAAACUAUUUGAACGGUGCACUACCAGAUGAAAUAGGUAAGUUGUUACAGAUUAUCUUCAUAGACAUCUCUAGUAACCACAUUCUGGGUAGCCUCCCGGGUUCCUUUGGACAACUACAAACACUAACAGACCUAAAUCUAUCACACAAUUUACUCAACCAUUCAAUUCCGAAUUCUUUUGCCAAUCUAACCAGCUUGAAGUCACUGGACCUAUCCUUCAAUGAUCUAUCCGGUUCCAUUCCAGUGUAUUUGGCUCGAUUUAAAGAUCUCACCACCUUGAACCUAUCAUUCAACAAACUAUAUGGUCAGAUACCAGAAGGGGGCAUCUUUACAAACAUUACGCCUCAGUCUUUGACGGGGAACUCGGCUUUGUGUGGUGACUCCCGUUUAGGAUUUCUUCCAUGCCAAAGCAACUACCACUCAACUAAUAAUAGGCACAUACUUAAAUUCUGGGCCAUCGGUAUCGUCACAUUUGUUGGGGUUGGAGUAAUGUGCUUAUACACGGUAAUCAGGAAAUGGAAGAAGCGAGAGACGACAGUUUCUUCUUCUGGCAUGGUUGACAUGAACAACCAUAUGUUAGUCUCGUACCAUGAGAUUGUACGUGCCACAGAUAACUUCAGUGAAAGCAACCUGUUGGGUACUGGAACCUUUGGCAAAGUUUAUAAGGGCCAACUAAGUAGCGGCAUGGUGGUUGCAAUAAAAGUGUUAAAUAUGGAGCUGGAACAAGCUAUUAGAAGCUUUGAUGCCGAAUGUAAUGUGUUACGCAUGGCUCGACACCGCAAUUUGAUAAGGAUAAUCAGCACUUGUUCAAACCUGGACUUCAAAGCGUUGAUUCUUGAGUACAUGCCCAAUGGUAAUUUGGAAAAUUACUUGCACACUGAGAGUAGGCAGCGUUUGGGAAUCCUAAAGAGGCUGGACAUUCUGCUGGAUGUGUCAAUAGCAAUGGAGCAUCUACAUUAUGGGCACUGCGAGGUUGUCCUCCAUCGUGACUUAAAGCCGAGCAAUGUUUUGCUGGAUGAAAACAUGACACCACGUGUCGCGGACUUUGGGAUUGCAAAGUUAUUAUUCGGUAAUGAGAACAGUGUAGUCUCUGCAAACACGCCAGGAACUAUAGGAUAUAUGGCACCAGAGUAUGGAUCCAAUGGAAGAGCAUCAAUGAAGAGUGAUGUGUUCAGCUACGGGAUCAUGCUUCUUGAGGUAUUCACGGGAAAGCAACCAACAGAUUCAAUGUUUGUGGGUGGACUAAACAUUAGGCAUUGGGUUAAUCAAGCAUUUCCAGAAAGGCUUGUUGAUGUUGUGGAUGAGAAUUUAGUGCAAGAUCUCCCUAAUCCCAUGGAUAAUUUCCUUGUGCCAAUAUUUGAGUUGGGUUUGUUAUGCUCGAAUGAUAUACCUGACCACAGGCUGACGAUGAAAGAGGUGGUUGUGACACUGAACAAGAUAAAGAAGGACUACGUUUGUUCUACAGCACAACAAGAUCCCAUGCCAUGACACUGUUUAGAAAUAUUUGUAGAGCAAUGGUUCAGCCCUAUUUCAGCUUUGUAGGUCAAGCCCAUUGCUGUUUAAUAUACUUGGUUUGGCCCUCAUAAGGUUCAAGCAAUGUGUUCCACUGCAUGCAUGCUCAUCAUGCGCCAACACCGCUGACUGAAACUGCAUUCAAAUUCAAAGAACGGGUGGGAUAAUGUUUCUUCCACUUGUCUAUUGCACCCCACACAGCUACGAUCUCGCAGGACUAUAUUAUUUCUUCUCAGCAGGUUCCUUGUAUUUGUAUGGCUUUAAUUGCUUCAUGGACUAGGUGGGAACAUGUUAUAAGAUUCAGGAACA